AUGACAUCUACUGUUAAGAAAACGCUUGAAGAAGCCAAAUUUUCUCCUCCAGUUUUUGAUUCGUGUCCUCAUUUGAAGCAGAUUUUGACCUCCAAUGCAAAGGACACCGUAUACCGUAACUAUGGGCUUGCUGUCAACGUUGCCCUCGCAUUGAAGCUCCGAAAUGGAAAUAUUCCCCUAUAUAAGACGUCAGACGGAUCCAAAGUUGAAUAUAAAAAGCUGGCAAGGUUGAGAAACAAAGCGGUGCGAUGUCGUGAGUGCUUGGAAAGCUUAUCAUGUACAUAUUUCUGCUUGCAGUGCUCACAUGUUGGAUGUUGGAAAAACGGCCAUGCAUCGGCCCACACUAAGAGUACGGGGCAUGUUUUUGGCAUUGACUCGCAAACUGGUUACAUUUUCUGUUUUCGAUGUGGUGAUUAUGUUGGAGAUCAAAGGUUGGAGUUUAUUAGACAAAGUAAACAAGGUGAAAGGACUGAACCAAUAAUGAACAAUUUGGGUACAGAAACGAUAAUUGAUGGUUCCAGACCGCCUUCCUUGAAAGCAUCUACAGGCUUGAGAGGCUUCAUUAAUAUGGGCGCAACUUGUUUUAUGAGCUCAAUUGUGCAAACUAUUGUUCAUAAUCCCUUUGUCCGUGAUUACUUUUUGAGUGGAUAUCAUGCCAAAUGUACCAAAAAAAUGGAUACAUGCAUCACAUGUUGCAUUGACGAAAUUUUCAAAGUGUUCUAUGGAACAGAUGAAACGAAAGGCUAUGGUCCUACUGCUCUCUUGACGGCUGCAUGGAGAGUUAAGAAUUCACUGGCAGGUUAUUCUGAGCAAGACGCACAUGAGUUUUGGCAGUUUUUGCUAGACGAAAUUCAUAAAUCUGAUACCGAACUACAUCCCGAACUUGAUGAUACUUCAACUUGUCGUUGUAUUACCCAUAAAACUUUUGCAGGCCAACUGCAAAGCACAGUGACAUGCGAAAAAUGCCUUCAUAGCAAAAAUACUGUCGAUCCAAUGUUGGACCUAUCACUUGAAAUUGCUAAGAUUUCUAAAGACAAAGUUACCUUGAAUGACUGCUUGGAUCUGUUCACCAGUAAAGAGAAAUUGGAUUCGAUGACUAUAUGUAGUCAUUGCAAGAAAGAAACUACAAGGACAAAGCAGCUGCUGGUGAGAAAGCUGCCUCCUAUUCUGGCAUUCCAGCUUAAAAGGUUUGAACAUUCAGCAUCUUCAUCUACCAAGAUUGAAACUCAUGUGGGAUUCCCAUUAUUCCUAGACAUGGAACCAUACACUGUUUCAGAGACUCUCAACUCGAAUGAGCAAGGAAGGGCAUCUUGGGGUCUUAUGACAUAUCAGCUUUUUGCAAUAGUAAUACAUAUUGGAAGCGUCAACACAGGUCAUUACAUUUGCAUUAUCAAGAAUCGAGAUGGAAAUUGGUUCAAGUUUGACGACUCAAGAAUUACUCUUGUGAGUCAAGACUACGUUUCAAAAAGUAACGCCUAUUUGCUGUACUACAUCUUAUGCCAAGCAUAA